AUCGCCUUGCAAACAGGACCAAAAAAAACAGGUUGGGGCUUCUCGUGUCAAGUAUUUUUAUUGUGUGUGGCUCUUUUCUGUCAUGGAGUCGCUGGAGAAACGCGGUCGUUCUCUGUCCCUGACGUGCUGCUUGUGUAUGUUUCUUCUCCAACCUCAGGCGGCUUGGACGGGAGACUGUCCUGCUGAUGGACGCACCUGGGUGCCCUUUAAAGACAGAUGCUACCACUUUGUCCAUGGAGAAGAAGACAAACUCAAAGUGUAUAAUUAUGAGAAUGCCAAAAGCCUCUGCCUAAACUCUGAGCUGCUGUCCAUCCAGAGUGCCGAAGAGAAUGACUUUGUGGUUAAAUAUAGUCCUGAGGUGUGGAAAGGCGAAGUCAAUGUGUGGCUGGGAAUGUAUUACGAUACAAACAUUGAAGACAUGAAGUGGUUUGACGACGAAGCGGUGAAGUUCACCAACUGGGAAGCGGGCUCGUCCCCAUUGGACUUCGUGCCCCUGGAUACCUGUGUGGCUGUGCACAGCGAUACGGGGAAGUGGGAACGUGUCAGCUGCUUGGACGAUCUGGAGAACGGAGUGGUCUGUGAGACGGCUCAGAAAGCAGAGAAAGCCAAACAAAAACCCAGCGGACUGCUGUCAGCGCUGGUCAUUCUCAGCGUAAUCGCCAUCAUGGCCGUCUCCGCCGUCGUUUGGUUCCUGCACCAGAAGCGACAUCCGGGCUCCACCGUCGUCACAGGUUUCGAGUACCACCCGCCGUUCAGAGCCCCCGACGGCGACCGCUCCUGCCUGGUGGAGGCUGAGGAGUUCGACAGCGGCCCGUAGGAGGAAGUUCAACUCCAUCCGCGCUCAGCGUGGUAACACCAGUGCCAAAUGUUUUGACUCGGAAUGUUAAGAUGUCACCAUUUCAAAGUCGAGUAGUAUCUACACUAACAAGCAUUCAUAUACAUUUCAUCUGAGUGGCAUUUGAUUAUAUGUAUUCGUCAGGCAUUCAUUUAGGUAGGAUCUAAACUUUGGGUGAGGUCAUUUUCAGCAUUGAGCAUUUUUUACUCUCAUAAAAUUGAGGAUGCAGAUUACAAAAGAACAUCUAAUAAGCCAAAUCAGGGGUGGGCAACCUUUUUUAGUUUGUAUAAAGUCCUUGUGAAGUGAAAAUAAAUGUUUUAAAUUUGACACACCACCUAAGAGCGUUGCUAACCAUGGCAAAUUUGAAUGAUUAAACAAAUUGCCAAGUAUAUAAAACGAGGCUUCAAAAUCGUGAAAAAUCCAGUUGUCGCUGCUGUCACAUGCGUGUCCGCUGAAUGCACGAAACCACACCUAGCUGCAGAGUAGAUGCUACUUCAUCUCGCGACUUUCUUAUGCCUACACGUCCAUCCAUACAUGUUUGAGCCAUGAAAAUAUAUCCACUUAAAGCCUCCGGUGGCUGGAAUAAAUCCCACUUUCCUCGCCGCGACGAGAGGCGCUAGCCACCGGUUAGCUCGCAAACUAACUACGUCGCUGGCCAGCUCAGGUUCUAAUACUAAGAAAACUUAAAUGGCGGAAAAACAUUUUUGCACUAUAUCUCCACAAUGAAAUUGCGAUGUUAUGUCGUCACUAUCUGAUAGUGGAGCCAAGAGACUGUCUGCUUGUGAUGCAGCUGCAUUGGUCUCCCCUUCUUUUUCUUCAUCAAUGCCGCGCUUCACAAUGUCAACAAUCAAUACAAAGUUGGUUGUACUAGUACGACGCCGUUCUGUCUUUUCACGUUUUCAGCAAUUAUCUUCAAACAUGUAUAAUGUAUAUAGAAACAAAUCUCUAAAUUCACUUGACAUGGGUUUUUUGGAAAAAUGUGUGUCUGUGGAUGAAUGUUUUUUUUUUUUUUUUAAUCACAGCUCUGUGGUUUUACUUGUUUUAAGAAUUGCAUAAGUAGGGUUCCCCACCCCAAAGCUAAAUCUUUGUCUAAAGAAAGGCUCACAACUCGUUUGCAUUUUGAAAUUACAACAUCCUUUCUUACUGUCUCUAAUAUGAGAUUUUUGUUCGAAACUACGACUCUUUUUAACUCUCUUAACCCUGACCAAAUAUCAGGUUUUUUUUUCUCUCAGCAUUCGUCCACCUUACAAGAACUCGAGUGGCCUUUCAUUUGUGAAUAGUUGAUGUGACUUCUUUAUAAAAGUGUGAAUGUUGCCAAUGAGGUGCAUCCAAACCAUUGCUAAAGCUCAUUACGUAUUGUUACAGUGAUGCCCUGAAUCCCCCUAUUUUUCUACUUUAGGCCAAUACAGUGUUGCUUAACCAAAUGACUGCUUGUGUUUGCACAAUAAUCAAACUGUCUUUCACCUACCCCGUUUGUGCUCCUGAAUCAACAGAUCAAAAGUGAAUUUUGUGCAAUGAAAAGGUUGGAUCAGUUUUUUUCUUGUAUUUGUAUUGUUUUCUCCCCCCGCCCCCCUCUCCUUUUCAGCAUAGAAAUGCAAGCCAGUACUGUAGGUAGAAAUGUGCUCUGUGAUCAGAAUAUUUCAGAAUUGUGACUUGCUUCCAUAUGAUCCUUCUGUGCAAUAUAUUUUAACGUGGAUCUAGUACAAUCUGAGCCCUGCUCCUCGAUAAUAAAGUAACACUGUUACAAGGA